CCGUUUAAUUGGCUCUCUCGAUCCGGUGACGGUGCUCCCGCGGAUCUGGGUAUCUACCUUAUCGAGUUUCUUCGAAGAAAUCACCCCGAGAGGCGAUAUCGAGAGGUCUUCUCGAGAAACUGGCUCGGAUAGAUGCCCGGCUCUACGGUCGAGUCUUCUCGCGGUCCAGGAGUCGCGGAUCCGAAAGCGAUAACUCUAAGGGAAUCGUUAUCAACGCGCACAAGUUCGAACAGCCGCAAAAGGACUCGUCAUUCUACUCGAAAGAUGAACUGAAGGUUCGCUUCGGAGUGCAUCGACACCUGGUCCUUGGAUACCAGUGAUAACGGCUCGAUAACGAUCGGCCAAAUUUCGGGGAAUCGGGACUUUAAUCGCGCUGCUCUGUAGAUUGGUAUUGGAGAGAUUGCACCGGCCCCCCCGUCUUUUUGCAGUUUAUCGCGAUAUGAUUCAGAUUUCUUAAACCGUUCGAAAUCGGUCGGCGGGAUUUCCUUGUCUUGUCUUUUUUUGAAUGCAGCGAUUGCUAGACGCAACAAGAUAAUUCCUUCGGUGAUGCCGUAAGGUCAAUUCGCGGAGAUUGGGUAAAACCGACGGAGUUGUUCCUGUCCCUCGGUUAAUCGGCGCGAUCCACUGUUUACAGGCCACUGCUGAACCGGAAUAAUCGAAUCGGGCCCAUGUUGAAGCAUCGCCAUGGAGGCGCAUAAAAUCGAGGCGGUGCAAGGACCACUUGCAAUCAUGGCGACCAAUCACUCCGAACUCGAACUCCCAAUCGAUAUGCGAUUCAAUGAGGGCCAUGUGGUCAGCAUUGUCACGUACAGUGUAUUGAUGGUCGUAUCGGCGAUCGGCAACUCCACCGUGCUCUUCCUCAUAUUGAAAAGGAAGCGCUCUGCCAGGACCAGGAUCAACUCUAUGCUGUUGCAUCUUGCUAUUGCGGACCUCCUGGUUACUUUCCUGAUGAUGCCCCUGGAAAUCGGCUGGGCUGCGACUGUCUCCUGGAAGGCUGGAGACGCGAUGUGUCGCAUCAUGUCUUUCUUCAGGAUGUUCGGCCUAUAUCUGUCGUCCUUUGUCCUGGUCUGCAUCAGUAUCGACAGGUAUUACGCCAUCUUGAAGCCUCUGCAAUUGACGGACAUUAAUCGACGGGGAAAACUUAUGCUCACUGGGGCUUGGGGGUGUUCGGUAGUUUGCUCGAUGCCGCAGAUGCUGGUGUUCCACGUGGAGACUCAUCCAAACUUCACCUGGUACGAACAAUGCGUCACCUACAACACCUUUCCAAGUUACACGCACGAGCUGACUUACUCGUUAUUUGGGAUGGUAACGAUGUACGCGUUUCCUCUAAUCGUUAUCAUCUACACGUACUCCAGCAUCCUGGCAGAGAUUUACAGGAAAUCUCAAGAAUCGGACGCCGACAGGAUACGGCGCUCGUCCCUGGGAUUUCUGGAGCGAGCCAGGAUACGUACCCUGAAGAUGACGAUCAUCAUCGUGGUCGUCUUCUUCGUCUGCUGGACACCCUACUACGUCAUGAGUCUCUGGUACUGGAUCGAUCGCGAUUCGGCAAAAAGGGUGGAUCAGCGGAUUCAAAAAGGGCUCUUCCUCUUUGCUUGUACGAAUUCCUGCAUGAAUCCGAUCGUUUAUGGAGCCUUCAAUAUUCGCAGAGGGAAAAAGGCACUGGCCAGGGCACCCACCGUGGAAACGCGGCUCACGCCGCCAUCUUUGUCGGUAAAACUCCUCGACUGAUGGAGCCGGAAAUGGACGUUCCGGGAAUGGGAUUUGACCAUCAGGACAUUUCCGGGAUUCGGGACUCGUUAAUUUUCCACCCUGGGGGAAGUGGGGGCCGAAUUUGCCCAUGGAGUGGAAAUCGACGACGGUCGCAUGACGAUGCCGCACCGUGGAUCGACACUCGAUAAAAAAACGCCCUGUCGGCCGCUAAAUUCGAUUCCGCAAUCGUAGAGUACCAAAUUAUACGGCGGGGGCGACGAUUUCGGCCUCCGAUUCUCCCCGUAGCUCGGAAUCGACUUCCGACUUCUGUAAUUCGUCGCUCUUGGAAUUAAUACACAAAUUCGAGUACUGGCGAGGGCGUACAUAUGCAAGGGCUAACUAAUGACGGAGUAGUUAUGAUCGGUUUACGGGUCUUGGAUGAAAGAAAUAUAUACAUAUAAUUUAAACGACGCAACUCUUUUCUUUUUAUUUUCUUUUUUACACGGGGCACCCUGAGCAGAAGUACACGAUUAGGCAAGCCGCGAAGUUGUCGAGGGCUUGGAACCUUGUCGAAUAUCUAGUCGGAAAAAUGACAGGUAGUGUAGGGAGUAGUUCUAGGUGUAUAUAGAGUUAGUGACACGAAGAGGCGGAGUACCAAGUAGAAUGGCGCGCCAAGUGCGCGCCAAUGGCCGCAUGUAGUAUGCGUUACUUUAAUCGCUAUUUAAUGUCUCUACCAGCCACACGCCUGUACGCGGGAGAAACUGUAAAGAUAUCGCCUUUAAAUUGUUUCUCAUCUAAUUGACCGUGUAUUUAUUAUCCCGAGCGCUGGUAGUCACUUUUUCCCUUCAUCCGUAUAACUAACCGAUGGAUUAACCAGACCGGAAUUAUCUGCUGUGGAGGUCCAAGAUGGCGACACUGUAGGGAUGAGCUUUAAUAAAUUCGACUUGUCAAGAAAUGUGUCGAAAAAUUCUCGAAAGGGGAGGCGAGGGGUGUUCUUAGAGGGCGGAGGCGCGGUCGCAUACACUC